AUGACACUUCCUCCUGCGCCCGCGCUCCCUCCUCACCCGCCCCCACCCACUUCCCCGCCAAGGCCGCGCGCCCCGCCCCUCGCCGCUCGCCGUAGCCUAAGCCCCGCCCCUUUUGCCGGGCGUGAGGGGCCCCGCGCAUGCGCUCACGAGGCGCUACUUGCCCGCUCCCUCCGGCUCCCGACCGCCUCGCUCUCGCGGAGUACCACAAUGCUCCGCGCCGCUUGUCAUUUGGAAGCGCCCAAGGUAAAGGGGGCAGGCUCGGGCUCGACUAAAAAAAGGUCGGCGCGGUGCAUGCCGGGCAAAACGGGAGGGGACGAGCGUGAAGGCGGAGCCGACGUGCGUUGUUGGUGCUAG